CAACAAAAGUCAUGCACCGCAUUCAGGAAAUGUUACCCUACAUCCGUUCGUAGAUGUUGUCAACACGAAAACGGGACUUUUAGUUUUUACUUUCAUUUUAUUUUAUUGAUUGGUUUUUCAGAGAAAGUGUGAUGACGCUGUUCAUUUUCAUCGCAGUGUGGGUUUUACAGAUUGGUGCAGCAGGUGGUGUUGAAGACAGUGUUUUAGUGUCACUGAUGGAGGGAGAUUCAGUCGCUCUUCACACUGAUGUUAAAACAAAACAGCAAGAAAAGAUUAAAUGGUUUUUUAAUAAGACUCGCAUCGCUCAAAUCAGUGACCUUCUCAGUAAAACCUGUACAGAUGUUCAAUGUAAUGAAGGGACUGAGAGAUUCAGAGACAGACUGAAACUAGACAAUCAGUCUGGAUCUCUGACCAUCAGGAAAACCAGAACCACAGACUCUGGAGAAUAUAAAUUACAGAUCAUCAAAACCAACAGCAUGAGCGAAAAUAUCUUUCGAGUCACUGUCCGGAAGACGGAUGAAAUGAAGACUAAGAGAGUGAACGAGGGAGAAUCUGUCACUUUGGAUCCUGGUGUAAUAAAAAACACAAAUGAUUUUAAGAAGUGGUAUUUUAAUGACACUCUCAUCGCUGAAAUUGCUAGAGAUGCCAGCGAGAUCUUUACAGAUGAUGAGUUAGAAGAUGCUGACGGGAGAUUCAGAGACAGACUGAAACUGAACAAUCAAACUGGAUCUCUGACCAUCACAGACACCAGAACCACAGACUCUGGAGAUUAUGAGCUAAAGAUCAUCACCAACAGCAGCAGCAUCUGUCGGCAGUACAGCAUCAUAGUUAUCAGUGAAAAGAGCUUAAGUGGAACUGGCUCUAAUGGGGUUGAGUUUCUUGUUAUUGCAGGAUUAUGUGUUGGAGUUGAGCUUGUCGUUGCGGAUGUAACAGGAUAGUGGUGUAAAGAACUAGUCUCUUCAAAGGACGUCCUCUAUUCAUCUUAAAAUAUUCAGACAUCUAUCCUGUACUUACACAGUGGAACAGCAUCAUUUAUGGUACAUUGUAAACAAAUAAUUGUAUUUUUACCUGUAUGUUGUUUUUUUUUUUUUUUUUUUGUACUGCUGUAAACCUGUUAAGAUCUCUUACUACUCUCAAAUAAUAAUAAUAAUAAUAAU